UUAUUAAUAGAGUGUAGGCACGCGCGUCAUCUGGCGUGAAGCGCCAUCAGGGGCGUCAUCCUUACCGGCGCGAACAGGGGAACUCGGCGCGGCAGUUGGCGCUAGAAUUCCAAGCCCUGAGCAUGCUUGAACCUGCAUAUCUAGUCAAACAAACAGAAAAUUAUAAACUGUCAGAGUAGGCGAUGAUUACGGCUAGGUAGCGCAACGUUUUUGUCUCUUGACAACGCAAACGAGGCUCCCCCGCGUGCCGCCCACUAAUGCAACAAGUUUGUGUCCACAAGUCAUACACAUCAAUGCACAUAGGCUAAGUGUUGGCGCCCGGAUUUGAUGUCGGGCGCAACGUCCCGUUGCCUAGCGCCCGUCUCCUAACCCUUAUAAGCGCAAGAAUGUCAGCAUCCUCAAUCACACGUCUCGCCAGCAAGAUUUUAUCCAGGAAUGAGACCUCGCUCACGGUUGCGGAGCUGCAGCAGGGCGCAGCCGCGGUGCAAGCGCGGCUGGCGAGCGGCGGCAUCGACGCCAACAAGCGCGUGCACUGCCCCGAUGGCCGCUGCUCCAUGAACCUAGGCCCCUCUGCGGCUUCCAUCUCUUUAGCAGCGCCCUCCUCGCCCUCCUCGUUCUCCCUGGCCUCGCUGCUGCCACGCGGCGGCAAAUGCACGCCCCUCGCCUUCGCCAUUAUGGCCGGCGACCUGGUGCUCGUGGACGUACUGCUCGCAAACGGCGCCGACCCAAACAAGCUCUCAGGGCUGCCCCAUCGAUUCGACUUCGCGCCGCUUCAUCUGGCGGCGGCGCUGGGCUCCGCCGCCGCCGUCGCAAAGCUGCUGGCGGCGGGCGCGGACGCCAACGCACGGCUGGACAAGUGCCGUGGCCUGGCGCCUAAACAGGAGGCGGCGCUGGCUGCCAGCCUGAAGAGUACAGCGGCAGGAUACACGGCCCUGCACUUGGCGCUGGAUUGUACGGUGUCAGCCGCCGCCUGCUGCGAGGUUGUCAAGGCGCUGCUGACGCACCCCGGUACCAACCCCAACACGCGCAACCAUGCCGGCCUGACGCCGCUGACGGUGGCCUGUAAACGUAAGCGCGAGGAUGUGGUGGAUCUGCUGCUGGGCGUGAUGACGCCCUCGCCGCCGCCGUCGUCGGCAGCGUCGCUACCCCCUCACGGCGGCGGUGUCGGCGGCCUCGACAGCCCCUACGCAGGCGCCCACCCGCGGCUGGACUUGAACGCGAGCGGGCCGCUGUUUGCGGCCAUAGCGGCGGAGGACGCGGGGCUGGUGCGCAAGUUGUUGGUGGCGGGUGCCGGCGUGCGGCACGCGCGCAACGAGGAGGGCCUCAGCCCGCUGGCCUACGCCGUGUGCAGAGGCAGUACCACCUUCACCAACCGCGCGGAGGUGGUGUCACUGCUGCUGGCGGCGGGCGCACCCGUGGAGUCCGGCCUGCUCCAACACGCCGCCGAGUGGCCGCACGUGCGUGAGGCCCUGGUGGCAGCAGCCAGCAGUAGCAGGCUGAGCGCCGGCAGCAGUAGCGGCACAGGCAGCGGCUCAGGCAGCCUGCGCGGCAGCAGCACCGGCUAUGUCGGCAUCGCAGCCGGAGGAAGCAAGCGCUUUGACCGCGGAAGCCAGGGCUACGCCAGUGCUGGUGGUGUUGGUGGGGGCGCUAGCAGCCGGGCAUCGGCGGAUGGGGCCGCCGGGUUAGCAACAGGGACAGGCGCCGGGCACACAGCAGCAGCGGCCGCGGCCGCGUCACCCGGCGCGCCGCCGGCAGUGGUCAUGGGUUUGCCUUUGUCGCCCGCCGUAAGCACUGCGCCGCUGAUCACCACCACCACCACUAGUAGCGACACCAGCACCAGCAGCGGCACCGUGCAGUGGCGCGGCCGCUUCAGCUUCAUCAGCGCUCUGGCCCCGGGCCUCGGCCUCAGCGGCCAAGGUCCGGGCGGCAGCUGCUGCCUGCCGCCGCCGCCCUUCUCCGCCUCGUCCGGCAUCCUGCGCGCGAUGCAAAAGAACGUGUGCUGCUCGCUCAUGUUCUUUCCCAUGCUGCUGCCGGUGCUGGUCAUGGCGCUGGCCAUCGACGCGCUCAUGCCGGUCGCUGCCGCGCUGUGCAGCUUCCUGCGCAUCGCCGUGCCCGUCAUAGCGCUGCUGUGCGUGCUGGUGCUGUACGGCGUCAUCCACCUGGCGCUGCAGGCGGCGGCGCCGCUGCUGUCGACGCUGUCAGCGGCGGCGGCCGCGGCGGCGGGCGGGGCGGGCACGGCGGUGGCGCCGGCGCCGGGGCUGACGGCCGAGCUGGCGGCGGGGGCUGGGGCGGGCGCGGGAGCUGGCGUGGUUGUGCUGGGCGCGGCGGAGGCGGGGCUGGAGGCGCUCGGGCACGCGGCGGGGUCGGCGGGCCUGGCUGUGGUGAGUGUCUUAGAGCACGAGGUGGAGGCGCCUGCCUCGCUGGUCGUCAACAACCUGUCAAACUACGUGGCGGCGGCCACCGCGGGCCCCGCGCCGGCCUCCGCAUCCGCCUCCAUGUCGGGCCUGGCCGCGGUUGCAGCGGCGGCCUCCAAGGCCCUCACCGGCGCCGUGUCGGCGGUGCUGGCGGCACUGCUUCCCUGCGGCCUGGCCUCCGCCGCGGGCGGCAGAACCCUGGGCCUGGACCUGUGGCGCUGGCAGGGGCCGCUGGGGCUGGGGGCGGGGCUGGCGGCCUGGUUCCUGGGCGUCGUGGCUGCGCAUGCGCUGUUGGGCUUGGCGGAGGAGGCUCUGGUCGGCUACCGGCCGCCGGGAGACCGGCUGCGCGCCUUCCUGCAGCACCGAGCCGCGGCGCGGCACGCCGGCGGCGGCGCCAUCAGUGACGAGCAGCUGGCGGCGCACGCGCGGCUGUGUCUGCCGGUGGCGCUGCUGUUGGGCGGCGGCACGGGCGUGAAGCUGAUGCCGCUGACGGUGCUGAUGGUGUUGCUGUGCCUGCCCACCGUGGCGGUCAGCGUGCGCAAGGAGUAUGAGCGCGGGUUGUGGCAGCAGCAGAAGCAGCCGGCUACGGCUGCACCGGCGGCUGUGGGUGAGGUUGCAGCGGCUGCUGCAGCGCUAAAGGCGCAGGGGGCGGUGCAGGCAACGACGCAGGCGCAGGCUCAGGUGCAGUUUGUGGGACUGGAAAAGGCGGGGUUGGGUCAGCGUGCGCGUCGGUAGGUUGCGGUGCCUGCGCGACGGAGCUGGUGUGUAUGCCGGCGAGGCAUGGUGGGUAGGGGUAGGGCCUUGCGCUUCCCAGGACCCCAGUCCUGCGGGGCGGGUGAUAAGAUAGGCGAGCGCUUCGGCUCGCAGGCAUCACCAAGCAAGGCACAUAUGCCUUGGGAACUGAGCACUAUGUUACUUGUGUGAUAAGCAAAUCAGGUUCGCUUGAGGUGAACGCUGGAUAAUAAGAUUCACUGCCGCUAGCACACAUAUGUCGGUUUUCCUGGGUGCUGAUACCCAAUAGUAUGUCGAUGUUUAACGCGUGUGCAUGACCAUGCAUCCAUGGUGGAUAUAUACCGCUUGGCCCUUCACAAGCUCGACCUGGGUGUUGUGAUUGUUCAAGCAUUAUUGGAUGAGACGCAUGGGUGAUUGUGUAUGAGAAGCCGAGGGGAAAGGUUGACUGCGUUUGGGUGUCUAGUAGUGCUUGUUAGAAGCACUAUCGCCGGUAUGUACCGUGUACAGUAAUGCUGUCAGGCGGUGUCUGGCGGUGCGGCACCCAGUGCCUUGGGCCUAGCUAAGGCUUGGGAGUUCUUGCCGUACGUUGCCGUACGUUGAGGCGCGGCGGAUGAUCAUCGUUUGAUGUGGGUUAGGUGCUGCACAUGCAUGCAUGCCCGUGGACCAGUCAUUAUCUGGGCAAGUAAGGCGGCAGGAGCCUAUCUAGUUGGUGUGGCGGGUGCAGCAAUGCAGUUUGCCCUUGAGCCUCAAGUGUGGAUGUCUCGUGCACUCGUGCGUAAUGUGGGAUCUGACCUUGUAUGUAUAUGCCCGAUUGGCCCGGGUUGUGAAGCAAUCUAUGAGGCCGUUUCCUCCCGUGCCACCAGCGGCCCACCAUCCUGCUGGGCCGCUGCCCCGUCACUUUUCCGCCCGUGUGACCCAACCUCGCUCCGAGCU